UUAUAAAAUCUCAACGUCUUCUCCACUGGGUAACUUGGGAUGGGCUUUGAUGCAGAGAUACAACUUUGUUGAAGCUGAAGAAGCGUACAGGAGAGCUUUGUCUAUCGCACCGGACAACAACAAGAUGUGCAAUAUCGGUAUCUGUCUUAUGAAGCAAGGCAGGAUCGAUGAAGCUAAAGAGACGUUAAGACGUGUGAAGCCAGCGGUGGUGGAUGGUCCUAGAGGAGUGGAUUCUCACCUAAAGGCUUACGAGAGAGCGCAACAGAUGCUCAGUGAUAUUGGUUCUGAAACGAUGAGAAGAGGAGGGGGUGAUAGAGUUGAGCAGAGGAGGCUUUUCGACGCGAUGUUUGAGUUUUCCUCUGUAUGGCAGCCUCAGCCUUGUAGAGAAGAGAGCGUGAAGCCCAAGGAAAAGCCGGAUGGAUAUGGUGACGAGAACGUGAAGACAAAUGCAAAUGUAGUAGUAAAUCCAUUAAGGGUCGAUGCAAAAUCAUUCGGGUCUUCCUCCUCUAUAUGGCAGCAGCAGCCUCAGCCUUUUAACGUGAACCCAAGGCAAAGCUAGAUUUGAACAACGAUGGAUACAAUGACGAAAACGUGAAGACGACGAAUGUGAAUGUUGUAAACAACCCAUUAAGGGUGGAUGCAAAACCAUUCGUCUCUUCGAAGAUGAUCAGCAAAAACGAGAAGCUCAAGAGAACGAGAUCUUCUAGCCAAACAACAAUGGGAAUGUUGAGUUGUAGUGGUGGUGAGGGAGAGACAAACGCUAAGAGAUGAUUGUCAACGGAGAAGAAAGCAAUAGAGUGUGUAUUUCCAGACAACAAGGAGUUUGAAGAAGCGAUGAUCAUGGCUGUUUUGGGGAUAGAGACGAAAGUGGUCGACAAGAAGAGGCUAAAAGUUUUUCAGGACAUCACUUUGUCCUGUCUAAGCCCAAGAGCCUGAUGAGUUAUCUCAAUCAGAAUCUCUAACCAAUCUAUUUUCUAAUUUAUCAGUUUUCUAAGUAAAGUUGGGGGUGGGUACUUGGUGAUGCCAAAAAAAAAGGAGAUGAGCUCUUAAUCUCCUUGGUGAUUUAAAUUUAAUGUUUUUAUCAGCUUAUAAAGUUGCUACAUUUUUUGUUUAUUCUUCUUCACAAUUAAUGCCAUUGACCAAUAAUGAAGGUUGAAAGUUA